AUGUCCGAGAAUACGAAUCCCCGUAAAAGACUCAUCAUUAAGUUGAGUUAUCCUCCUGGGUCAAGAAACACAGAUGAAAACAAGAGAAGGAAGAUCGAAGAUUCUGUAAAACCAAUCGUAACAUGUUAUUGGGUUGAUUCAAGUUAUCGUACCAAAUCAUCAGCUUUGUCUCAACCAAAGAAUAAUGACAAUGUUGUUGAAGACAAGAAGCUGAUCAAGAACCAAGUUUCCAAAACAACAGCAGAGGAUAAUGACAAUGUUGUUGAAGACAAGAAGAUGAUCAAGAACCAAGUUUCCAACACAGUAAUGCCUAAUAACACUGUUGUUGAAGACAAGAAGAUGAUCAAGAACCAAGUUUUGAAAACAACAGCUUUGUCUCAACCAGAGGAUAAUGACAAUGUUGUUGAAGACAAGAAGAUGAUCAAGAACAAAGUUUUCAAAACAAGAGCUUCGUCUCAACCAAAGAAUAAUGAGAAUGUUGUUGAAGACAAGAAGGUGAUCAAGAAUCAAGUUUCCAACACAGUUAUGCCUAAUAACAUUGAUGUUGAAAACAAGAAGCAAGUUUCAAAAGCAGAAAUAGCUUUUAACGGUCGGAAAGAAAGUUCAAGAGGUGAAGAGUGUGGGUUGAAGAAGAAACCGAUGGAGUGUGUUAAGAGGAGGCAAUGUUGGUUGAUAUUGAAGAAAGUUCAGUAG